AUGGCCGCCGCGCUCCAGCCCCUCCGCGCCCUCAGCCGCGCCGCGAUGGAGCCCCGCGCCCGCCGCCUGCACCUCAGCGCCGCUCGCGGGGACGCCGUGGUGAUCUCGGGCAGGAAGCUGGCGCGGCAGAUCCGGCAGGAGGCGCGGCACGAGGUGCAGCAGUGGGUGGCUGCCGGCAACAGGAGGCCGCACCUGAGCGUGGUGCUGGUGGGCGAGAACCCGGCCAGCCACUCCUACGUGCUCAACAAAACCAAAGCGGCGGCUGAUGUGGGGAUCAGCAGCGAGACCAUCCUCAGGCCGGCCUCCAUCAGCGAGGAGGAGCUGCUGGAGCUGAUUGCCAAACUCAACAGUGACACGGCCGUGGACGGGCUCCUGGUGCAGCUCCCCCUGCCUGAGCACAUCGACGAGCGCCGCGUGUGCAACGCCGUGAGCCCGCACAAGGACGUGGACGGGUUCCACGUGCUCAACGUGGGCAGGAUGUGCCUGGACCAGGACUCCAUGCUGCCUGCCACCCCCAGGGGCGUCUGGGAGAUCAUCCAGAGGACAGGGAUCCCCACGCUGGGCAGGAACGUGGUGGUGGCGGGCAGGUCCAAGAACGUGGGCAUGCCCAUCGCCAUGCUGCUGCACACCGACGGCAGCCACGAGCGCCCCGGAGGUGACGCCACGGUGACGAUCUCGCACCGCUACACGCCCAAGGAGCAGCUGAAGCAGCACACCAUCCGUGCUGACAUCGUGGUGGCUGCUGCAGGCAUCCCCAACCUGAUCACGGCUGACAUGAUCAAGGAGGGCGCGGCCGUGAUCGACGUGGGCAUCACCCGCGUGCAGGACCCGCUCACGGCCCGGCCCCGCCUCGUGGGCGACGUGGACUUCGAAGGGGUGAGGAAGAAGGCGAGUUACAUCACACCCGUGCCCGGCGGCGUGGGGCCCAUGACGGUGGCCAUGCUGAUGAAGAACACCAUCAUCGCUGCCAAGAAACUGCUGAAAACCUGUGAGCUGCAGGCUCUGCCUGCCUAAACAGGGCUGGGCUUAACCAGGGGCCCCUCAGAGCUGGGUUUAAUGAGGGGUCCUUCAGAGCUGGG